UAUCGUACACCUCUUCCUUCUCUCCUUCCCUCCCCUCCACCGCUCUCGAGUUUCUGAAAAUCAAGCAGUGUGUGUAAUAGGGAAAAAGGUUUAAACAACAAGAGUAAAUCCAAGGGAUCACAGAUUCCGUUGUGGACUCCAAAAGGAAGGUCGAUCUGCAACAUAAUCUUUUUCCGUAUUUGAAAGUCUUGAUGAACUAUUGAACAGAAAUCUCGCACUAUUGGCUACUUAUUAUUUCUAGCUGCUCUCGUGAUCUAAUAAGGGCUUGAACGCAUUUCCACCCUGUCUAUCAUCUCUACAGAGAUGAAAUGGUAGUCAUCUUCAGGUAAAAGCUUUGACAGAAAGACUUCCCAUGAGAGAGAGAGAGAGCUUUUAGUGUGCUUCACUAGCUGAUAAAACACAACCUCCAACCUGUGGGUGACAAUUCCAACUACAUCCAAUAAUAUAGUCUUAAACGUGUGGUGUAUUUCCAGUGCCUUUCUUAGCUUAGACUCAUCAACCAGUCCCAAUAGUCCCCUCCCACCUAAACUGCUCUCAGCAGCAACUGCCUGCCCCUCAGUGGCUGCCCCCUCCUCGGGUCCUGAUCCAGGAUGAACGACACCCAGGAGGCCAUAUCCCCAGUAGCUGGCCUCAGUGGCCCUGUUGCCUGCGUUUCAAAGGUGGAGCUGCGUGUCUCCUGCAAAGCUCUGCUUGACCGAGACACACUCAACAAGUCCGAUCCCUGUGUCAUCCUCAUGGUUCAGACUCAAGGGCAGUGGACUGAGCUGGACAGGACAGAGGUGAUUAAGAGCAACCUGCACCCGGUCUUUGCCAAGGUCUUCACUCUGGACUACUACUUUGAGGAGGUGCAGAAGCUACGGUUUGAGGUGUACGACAUCCACGGCACACACAGCAUCGGGACCCGCGAUGAUGACUUCCUCGGAGGGGUGGAAUGCACUCUUGGCCAGAUUGUGGCCCAUAAGAAGAUGGUGAAGCCUUUGUUCCUGAAAUAUGGGAAAUACGCCGGAAAAUCCACCAUCACUGUGCACGCAGAAGAAAUCUCUGGCAAUAAUGGAUAUGUUGAGCUUUUCUUCUGUGCCAAGAAAUUAGAUGAUAAGGAUCUCUUCAGCAAGUCGGACCCAUUUCUAGAAAUAUAUCGGAUCAACGACGACGGCACAGAACAGCUUGUUCACAGAACGGAGGUGAUCAAAAACAACCUGAAUCCAGUGUGGGAACCCUUUAAAGUGUCCCUCAUCUCCCUGUGCAGCUGUGACGAAGACAGGAAGCUCAAGUGUCUAGUGUGGGACUACGACUCCAGAGGUAAACAUGAUUUUAUCGGCGAGUUCUAUGCCACCUUCCGAGAAAUGCAGAAAAUUGGCAGUGGAAACAAGGUAACAUGGGAUUGUAUAAAUCCGAAGUACAAACUCAAGAAGAAGAAUUACAAAAACUCGGGUGUGGUCAUCCUCAGUGAUCUCAAGCUUCACAGAGUGUAUUCCUUCCUGGACUACAUCAUGGGAGGAUGCCAGAUCCACUUCACAGUGGCCAUCGACUUCACGGCCUCCAAUGGCGACCCCAGGAACAGCUGCUCCCUGCAUUACAUCAACCCCUACCAGCCAAACGAGUACCUGAAGGCUCUGAUUGCUGUUGGGGAGAUCUGUCAGGACUAUGACAGUGACAAAAGAUUUUCUGCCUUGGGAUUUGGUGCCAGAAUUCCACCUAAUUAUGAAGUGUCUCACGACUUUGCCAUCAAUUUCAACCCAGAGGACGAUGAAUGUGAAGAGAUCCAGGGGGUAGUGGAGGCCUAUCAGAACUGUCUUCCUAAGAUCCAGUUAUAUGGGCCCACCAACGUGUCCCCCAUCAUCAACAGGAUAGCCAAGCUGUCCGCAGGGGAGGAGACCAUCAAAGACGCUUCUCGCUAUCACAUCCUGCUGAUCCUCACGGACGGCGUGGUGACGGACAUGGCGGACACGCGCGAGGCCAUCGUGCGUGCCUCCUACCAGCCGCUGUCCAUCAUCAUCGUCGGCGUCGGCAACGCAGAUUUCACAGACAUGCAGAUCCUGGAUGGGGAUGACGGAGUCCUACGCUCACCUAAAGGAGAGCCGGUCCUCAGGGACAUUGUGCAGUUUGUGCCCUUCAGAGACUUCAAAACGGCCUCGCCCGCUGCCCUGGCAAAGUGUGUCCUGGCUGAGGUGCCCAAACAGGUGGUGGAGUACUACAGCCACAAGGCCAUCUCCCCUAUGUGUCCCACCAGGGACUCCCCCACCUCCAUCGCCAGCAGCCCCACAGAAUAACCGUCCACACACCCUGAGCGAGGCCUGUCCACAACCAAGACCAGCAGACAGACGGUGGCUGGCUGAGUACUGAACAUGAACAUUGAUAAUUGAUACCAGUGUUCUCAUUGCUUUUAUCUCUGUUAUUUGGAUCAUUUAGGUUGUUUACACACAGACUGGAAACUUGCACCGUGGGAUUGGCGUUCAUUAUUUUGUCUCAGUUGAGAUCGUGUCUCUCUGCCUGGCUAUGCUUCAUCCGGAUGUUGAGCAUGAGAGCUGUGGCCUGGUCUGCUCUGGUCUUCAUCCUGCUGUUUGGGGAUGCAUGCAGGCGAAUACCCCAGAGUUCACACACUGUACCAGCAUCACAGACUUCUUCUUGUUCCACAAACACCCUUGAAAGAGACUCCUCUUGUCUCAGCUGUUUGUCUCUGCCUUUCAAAACUGUCCAAGACUUCAGCCUGUUUCCCUGCUUUCUCUGCAUCCCUUUCCCUUCCCUCUGUCAGUUUCAGUCUCUUGCCUCUGGUUGCUGGAAUGGUUUGAAGAGCCUGCCAACUGAAGGAUUACCCAAAUGCAUAACAUAAAUGAUCUUUUUGGUUGUGUUGAGGAACAAUAUUGUGGUCAAUCUUAACAUGAAUGUGCAUCUUAAUGUUUUUAUAUAGUUGACAUGACCAUAAUGAACACGACAUGAUCAAUGAAAAAUCUUCAAACGAAAGCAAAGGAAAGCAAUGUGCCAUAAAUUGAAAUUAAUCAUUGUUAUAUUUCCUGUCAGGCUAUGACACCUGUACAAAGGUAUUAUGAGGGAACAUUCAGAUUUGGUUUUGCAGAGAGAUGCUCGAUGGAAUAAUAUAACAACAUUCAUAACCUGUUUUACUGAUACACAUUAGAGAUGACAGUGUGCCUAUCCAGAUAAUGUGCAGUUCCCUUUAAAUGUUUCAACAGUCACGUUUUUAAGACAACUGUUGUCAUAGAGACACAACCUUAGAUCAGACUUUGUUGACACUACCCAACCCAGAACCACAAUCACGACCAGUACAUUCACUGCACAUUACAAGGAACAAGCAACACAACAUGUUGAGUGACAGUAGUUAGUUCUCCACAGUGCUUGUCUCCUAAUCCUCUCUCUGUGAAGCAUCAUGUGGGAGUGUAUGUGUUCUGACCUGAAUAGCAUGGUUUUCUAUUAACUUCUUUAAUUUGACUUUGAUGCGUGUCUUUAUCAAAAGUGGUUUUCACAAGACAUUUCUGUUUGAAUAACAUUUAUUGUUUAUUCUCUCUCUCUCUCUGGAACACAGUUUGUCUUUUUCUGAAGAGACGGUACCUUAUUAUUACAUUUGCUAAAGACCGGACGAUUGUGUAGAAUAAAAAAACCCAUCCAUGCAGAAAUCUCACUGAUGCAAUUCAGGUAUUUAGUUCAUAAGACAUGAUGCCAACAUAGGUAACCACAAUUUGUUGACUCGUCAUGCAGAUGCAGUAACAAUGACAAGCGGUUUAAACGGUUAAAAGCUAAUGACAGAACCUGGUAUAGAUAUGACACAAUGCCAUUUAGGAUGGACAGGGUCAUUCAAUUUGCAUUUUGCCAUUGUACAGUAGAAACACAGACAGUUUCACGAGACAUGCUAAUACCUUUGUAGUUGAUUGCAGCUCCCUCUUAAUGACUCGUGUCCUGCAUUACACAAGUGAUGCCAAUGUCUGCCAACCUAACCCACUGACGACACUCCCCUCCAGAAAAUGGGUUUGCUUGAGCUUGUCACUUCAGACUCUGAUGCGGGUCCUCUCCCCCUUGUCACCCCACUGCUGUACAACGACUAAGCCCCCAGUCCCCCUGCUGUCCCCCCUCUCCCAGGGACAGUCCUGCAGACUCCCUCUGAGCUCCUUUGAAGAGCAGAGUGGAGAGGGUGUGACUGUGGACCUCGAUCCGAGGAUCAUUGAUUCGGCAGGCCUAGGUCUAGAGCCAUACCCGAUCAGCUGAAUGUAAAUGAUCCCAGGUGGGCUUUGAUCUCCGCUCUGCCAGACAGCAUCAGUGUGUGACAUGAGAGGGAUGGGGGGAAAUGGAUGCAGAACAUUUGCCAAUAAUCCACUUGAGAGAACUCCAUUUUGACCAGUCAGUGGAUAUUGAUUGAAGUAUUCUACUUUAUUCAGAUGAUUAUUCGUGUUUUUUUUUUUACAUAUAUGUUCAUGUUUGUGUGACCACGGCACAGUAUCUUCUGAUGAUUUAUCCCCCAUAUUUUACAUCCUGAAUCUCUAAUGUGCAAGUAAAGUUGUGUGCUGAUGUGAGUGGUUAAGCCACAGCUUAAGCCAUCAAUUACUUCAGAUUCUUCAUCUGUGAAACAUUUCUAAAUGAUAGAAGUUCACAAAGUUGUUCAAUGACCAAUGCAUGACAAUACCUGAAAACUAAGCAGGACACAAAACGUUAAUAUGCAGUCAGUUGAACAAGUCUUGCUUCCACUGCUACAUAUUUACUAUUGAUUGGGUCAGUGUGGGCGAGCUGUUUUUCAUUCAAAUGUAUAUAGGUAGAAAAAGACCUGCUUUCAGAAUCUCUAAUGUGCAAGUAAAGUUGUGUGCUGAUGUGAGUGGUUAAGCCACAGCUUAAGCCAUCAAUUACUUCAGAUUCUUCAUCUGUGAAACAUUUCUAAAUGAUAGAAGUUCACAAAGUUGUUCAAUGACCAAUGCAUGACAAUACCUGAAAACUAAGCAGGACACAAAACGUUAAUAUGCAGUCAGUUGAACAAGUCUUGCUUCCACUGCUACAUAUUUACUAUUGAUUGGGUCAGUGUGGGCGAGCUGUUUUUCAUUCAAAUGUAUAUAGGUAGAAAAAGACCUGCUUUCAGAAGACUAUCAGUGAAGCACAUCAUCAUAAGUAUUUUUUUUUUAAUGUUGCGCAGUCCAGAGAAAAGUAAAUACAGCUGGCCCUCACUGUGUUCUGAGCAUUUACUAAAUUUUAUUUCUGAGAGGGAAAUGUAUUGCAUGCCUACUUCUGUUGUGAAGAUGUGUUGUACAGUCAAUUCUUUUGGAGUACGUACGAUAUGCUGAUAUGCAAGCCUGCCUUUACACAAAACGUCAUGUAGUGGAUGCUCUUUCUCUUGCAUUUAAGUCAAUAAACCCAGACAUUUAACUGCAUACUGCUUUGUUCUUCAGUCAUAACCCCAAAUUGA